AUGUCAAAAUAUUUGACGAGUUCAGCGAUGGAGAGGUUGAAGAACAUCGUCAGCUCUCCCGCCAACAAAUUGAAGAAUUUAAAUUUCCGCGGAGGCAACAGCAGCAGCAAAACGGAAUUUAUAAAAUUUGAUGACUUCAGGCGGGAUGACCAGAAAGAAUCAGACGACCAGCAACAGCAACAUUGGUACAAUUUCGACGAAUUGAAUCUGAAAUCGGGUGUCGUUGGUGAGGACGACGACGACGAUAGGAUAUUCCUGAGUGACAGCAGUAUAUCGGCAGCACAAGCCGCCCUCAAUGUCACCAAUGCCAUUCAAGGUAUGUGUCUGGUCUCCCUACCAUACACGAUACUGCAGGGAGGUUACAUCGCCUUGCUGUCCAUGGUCGUCAUCCCGUGCAUCUGCUACUACACCGGCGACAUCCUCAUCGAGUGUCUCUACGAGGAAGUCGAGCAACACCAAUAUUACCACUACCACCAACCGCAACAGUCACAGCUGCAACAAAAACAUCACACGGUCAAGAUCAGAAAGCGAAUUCGAAACACGUACGCAGAUAUCGCUGGAGCAGUGUGGGGCCACAACGUCGGUCGGUGGAUCGUGUACACUGCCCAGAUGAUCGAAUUGAUAAUGACGUGUAUACUCUACGUCCUACUAUGCGGGGAAUUGUUACAAAGCAUGCUACCGCAACUUGGAAUAUCGCUAACCAAGUGGAUAAUCAUCGCGACGGCACCUCUGUUGAUGUGUGCUUUUUUGAAAAGCAUGAAACACGUGGCCUGGUUAAGCUUCUGGAAUUUUCUCAGCCACGUGAUCAUAAACGGGAUCGUGCUAAUAUACUGUUUGACGCAAGUACAGCACUGGAAGUUUGACGUCGUGCAGCUUGAAGUGGACAUCAACACGCUGCCGAUGUCGUUGGGGAUCGUUAUGUUCAGCUACACAUCGCAGAUGUUUCUACCAUCUCUGGAGGGCAGCAUGAAGGACCGCAAGAAGUUCAGGCCGAUGAUGGCCUGGUCGCAUUUUGUGGCCGCUGUCUUCAAAUCAUUAUUUGCUUACUUCGGUUUCGUUACGUUUGGAGACGAGACGCAAGAAGUCAUAACGAACAACAUCAGCAGUUACGCGCUGAAAAUCACUAUCAACAUCCUACUUGUCAUCAAAGCACUUUCCUCUUACCCCUUGCCCUAUUAUGCAGCAGUUGAACUGUUACAGAACGCUUUGUUCGUCGGUCAGCCAAUCACACUGCUUCCGUCGUGUUAUUACAGUGACGGAUUGAUCAAUGGACUGAGAUGUUGGGCCUGGUUGUUGCGCGCAGUGUUCGUCUGCUUGAUUUCCUGGCUGGCCAUCUCAAUACCUCACUACGCCAUCCUCAUCGCCCUCAUUGGGUCAUUCACCGCCAACAUGCUCUCAUUCGUCUGGCCAGCCUACUUCCACCUGGUGAUUAAAAACCAAUUGUUGCCAUGGUAUCGUAAGGUUUUCGACGUCAUCAUCAUUAUCUUAGGCUGCGUUUUUAUUGUUCUGGGAGUAUACUACAACAGCAGGGCGCUGUAUUUCGCCUACCAAGGUAUCGAGACUAAACCUUUUCAAACCAUUGUUUAG